AUGGAAGACGACGACAUGGAUGGAUCGCUUGAUGGAGCUAUGUCCAAGCGUGCGUGCGAUAGUUGCCGAACGCGCAAGAUACGUUGCGAUAGAGGCCUGCCAUGUUCCAACUGCAAGGCGAGUAAAUUGGCUUGCAAGACAACUCCUCCCCAGCAGAAGGCGCAGCGACAAAGGGUCCACAUCUCUGAAGAAUACGAGAAGAAGAUUGAUCGAAUUGAAGACCGUUUAGCAGGUAUCGAAAAUGUUCUUGCUAGUCUUGCAACGAAGCUUGGCAGUCUAGACCUCCAAAAAGACUCCCACGAUACUAGCAGCCAGUCGCGGUCGAGUAGGGUUGGUCCUUCCAGAAGUCCAGGAAGUGGUCUCGUCGAUACCCAUACACCCGCGCCAUUCGAGGGCGAGAGCUCCAUCAACAGCCAGUCUGAUUAUGCUCGAGCGAUGUUGGCGCAAGCUAUUGGGAGCACACCCUCUAUCGGCCAGAAUGAAGAAGUCAAGAUGGCGCUUACUGCUCUUGCAGAGAUGGUUUCUCAGCAGGGCCAAAAUAACGCGUCUUCCAACCACUUGAUCAACAACUCUCUUGCCGACAUUGACCCUGCAAAUCUAGAGCGCCCACCGUGGGAUACAGCGUGCUACGCUUUGGAAAAGGCUAUUGAAUAUCCAACUAUGGCAUUUGCGGUGGUGUUUCCAUUCUUGCGGAUGGCUAAUCUUAAAGAUAUUUUCUACGAAGCGUAUCAUAACCCAGAAACUUGUAGCGCCACUCGACGCGUGCUCACUUUUGGCGUUCUGGAGAAUGUGUUCAACGAAUUUCGGGUCUUUCCACUAGUCAACAUGGUCACUACUAACUACUACACAUACGCCACCAUAUGCAGGAGGCAGACAGAAGUGGCCCUGUCGCAGUUGGCUAUAUGCUUGCCAGCAAGCUAUGAGAACAUCAUGGCCUUGGUACUUGGUGCAGCACAAGCGGUUGAGAAGUGCAGACCCUCUCUAUGUUGGACUAUGAUAUCGAGUGCAGCAGGCUUGUGUCAAAGCCUAGGUUACCAUCGUAUCAACACCAUGGUCAACGACAACCCGGAAGACCGUCAAACGAAGAUUCAAAUCUUUUGGAUGAUAUACAUGCUCGACAAAACCCUUUCUUUACGCUUGGGUCGCUCAAGCAUCCUCCAGGACUGGGACAUAUCUCUGCCGUUCGUUGUGUCGAGUAAUCCUGACGACAAGAAUCCCGAAUCAAGCGACAUGCUCUCGUACUGGAUUAAGGUCGCGCGAGUACAGGGUUUGACCUACGAGAAGUUGUUCUGUCCUGCUGCCUUUUUGAAGUCUACCGAAGAGCGCACGCGCAUCGCCAUUGAUCUUGUUAAUGCUCUCAACCAAGCCUGGUACGAACGAGGAGAUGCUUCACUUGUGGAUUUCAGUCAGCCAGGCCAUGCAUUUAGCCUUGGUUCAGAGCGGCCGAGCAUGAUAGGUCACACCCCGAAUGAGACACCGAAACCGUCUCAAUACAAACGCUAUGUACACAAGUCACCUAACAUGGGGCGUGACCCAGGUGUCAGCGAAUACAUCCAAGGUUCUUUUGAGCGUGUUCAAGACAUCUUUUUCUACUCUGAUGUUGUCAUGCACUAUUCAACCGUCGCACUGAUUCAGAGAGCGGUGAGUCCAAGCAACAUGUCAUUCAAUCAGGAAUGUCUCGAGUCUUCACGAGCGGCUCUUGUAGCGCACAUGAGAGCAAGUGCGCAAUUCAAUAAGAAGGGCCAAGAAGAUCUAUGGUCGGGAUAUGUGCACUGGUCGGUUCUCCAGGCGCCCUUCACGCCCUUCAUCGUAUUAUUUUGCAAUGCUAUCCAGAAGGCAGACAUAUCCGACGUUGAUUCUGAUAUACACUCCCUUUCAGAAUUUGUCACCAGCCUCGAAUCUUGUCGCACAAUUUCUGAAGGUGCAGAUAAGCUUUAUAAGAUGUGCCAUCUUUUCCUGCGGGUUACCAAGCUUUACGUAGCGGCUAAAAGACAAGAUGCCGCUUCGCGAGUGAGGGGAAUUUCACAGAACAAACAUUCUGGAUACUAUACAACUGUGGAUGGCACACAACUUGAUCUUAGUACUAUGUCUCAGUUCGAUCCUUAUCUCAGCGCGCUCGGCCUAAUGCCUGACACCGCAUGGCCCACGACUACAUACUCCACCACUCCUGCUUCGGCGAACAUGAAUCCUUUCGGAGAAGCUCAGGCAAUUCACAACGCGAACGAAUCUGGUGUCGCCUUAGGAACAUCACAGGGAAAUCAAAAUCCUAUGCAGGAUUGGUUUUCGGGAUCACGCUAUCUAUUGAAUAUGAUGGAACCGGGCGACGAUUUGCAAAUGCCAGAUCUCGACAUGUAA